AUGAUGUCGAACGAGGUCUGGUUUGUGCAAGCAUACGACCCCAACGACGGCAGCUGCAAGUCCUUUGCCACUGGAUGGGAGGACGUGGCGCACACCUACGGCGAGCAUGCGCGCUUCGGUCGCUUGGAUGUCACGAAGCCCGAGCUCAAGACGUUGCUGCCCUUCAAGCCCGUGCUGCUGCCAGUGGUCUUCAGAUAUGCCCGCGGCAUGUCUGUGGAGCACUUCAUGUUCUCGGACAGAAUGGGCCGAGAUGAGGAGAACAGCGCCGGUGGAGGCAAAGCCCUCAGGAGCUUCAUGGAGAACAACUUCCCAGAGGUGCAAAAUCCACCGCCACGAGACCGCUGCGGAGCUGCAGCGCUGGUGGCAAGCCGGCGAGCGGGGUGCCUGGACGCUAUGCGGACGGACGCGGAUCCUGAUCGCAGGCCCUAG